CUGAUCUAUCGCAUCCACAUGAACAUUCAAACUCCCACAUCCCAUUAAAAACAUGGAAAAAUCUGUCGACGAUAAUCCCCCGCCCUACGAUCAGAUCGAUCAGCAACCUGAGGUGGACAUUCCGCCUUUAAAUCUCGCGUCGAACGCUGGGCCAGCCUCGUAUACUACGGUCACUCAGGACGAAUGCGUUGCUCAUCUGAAGUUUUUGGCUGCCCUUGCCGACUUGCGUGACUCGACCGCUGGCCUCAGGGGCUUAUUCUGUAUCCAUGAUCCUAGUCCUAGUGUUUUCGAACAACUGAUCGACGAGGCGCGAGCCCGGGUGAAAGAGAAACGAUGGGCGGUGUAUACAGCCCGAGCCGUCGAGCGCUAUACAGUCUGGUGGGAAACAUGCAUUCCUUUCACAGACCCACCAAUCCAAGUCAAGGACUUUGAAAGCAAGAGCUAUAACGCCAUUACUGAGAACCAUAAGCGGCUCGUGUGGUCCCCGGAAACACUACCUCCUCUUGACGUAUUAAUGGUCUGGCAUGCCCACAUGCUGAACCCCAGAGCCUUUCUCGAGGAUUGCAUUCGGGCUGGGAAAAUGAGCCUCUGGGCGACCGGUUUUCCCUGGGAAGCCAUAAAUGCCUGUAUCGGGAACAAGAACUUUGAAUACGAUCCAGGCAUCAAAGCAAAGGCCACAUUUACAGCGAAGACAGGCUUUGCGUGGGACAAUCUACAAAACUCAUCGAAGACGCUGGUGAGGUGUCCCGGCUGCACAAGCCGCGUGUCGGUUCUGUGGACUGACGGGGUGGUUACUGGGCCACUUGGCAAGAUUUUUGAAGACUGGAAGGGGUUUGCGGACAAGGGCUUUAAGACGACAUGCCCGAAAUGCACCUUGACAAUUGACCAUGAAAAACUCAGGAUUGAAAAAUUCAGAGAAGAUGUGAACAACCUGGCUACUGAGGAUUUGCCUAUGCCCGGCACGCUGUUCAACAAUCGCGGUCACCCCGAGGCCAUCAAAUAUAAGACAAGCAGGCGCCAAACCCAGUGGUGCUUUCCCAACCGCCUGGUCAAAGCGGCCAGCCGCGAAUUGCAGUGGUACCUAAAUGCCAAUCAGAUGCAGUGCGAUUCUCUGAGAUCCUUGCGGGACAAGCUCGUAUCCAUGCUGAACAACAAAGAUAUCAUGCGGAAUGUCAACAGCCAUCGGCUCCUGCUGCCGAUCGAGAAGAUGGCCUUCCGCCGAAUGAUGUCCUGCUACUGGGAUAACCACGGUCCCUUCGCCCUCGACCUAGUCGGGGCUGUCAUUCGACAAGGCACUUUUGUUCAGAAAAUGGAUGGCAUCGACUGGCUUCACUCGCCGACAGUCAAGGCCACCAUGGGCCGGCUGAUCAAGAAAUAUAGCGUGUUUUUCCGCAUCAUGGCAGCCAACCCAAAACACAUGGCCGUUCCCACCCUCGACGUCGAUCUCGCCUGGCACACGCACCAACUUUCUCCGUCGAGAUAUUACACAUAUUCGCUCCUCACCACCAACGACCAGCGCCGUUACCCCGUGUUUAUCGACCACGAUGACAAGGUCGACGAAGAGAAGCUCUCGGAUGGCUUCGAAUGGACCAGCAAAACAUAUAAGAAGCUCACCGGUGGGGAAAUCUACAGCGAGUGCACCUGCUGGUACUGCGAGGCCGUUCGCGCUCCAGACAUGCGCGACGGGCUCUUCGUCACGUCCGCCACGUCCAGGGCCCGCGAGGCGGCUGCCCAACUUCACGACCGACCCGACAUCUCGUCGCACCCGGAUAAGAACCCGCAUAUCUCGACGCACAAUGCCGUCCGACCCACGACAUUGCUCAACGCCGUCGAUUCCCGACAAGUCAAGUACCUGAAGCUCCGCAGUAACUACGAGAAGGCCCGUCGGCGGGCCGAGAAGCGAGAGUCCAAGGAGGGCAAGAAGCGCGAGAAGCGGGCCUCGGACGAUAGCCUCGCGUACGUCCCCUAUGUAUGGGGCUUCCCUGUCAUGGUUCCAUACUAUGCGCCGUACGAAUGCGAUCCCAGCGUACAUUCGGAGGCCUACGUCGGGGACCCCAGCUGCAUGAGCACCGUGCCGGGAGCAAUGGACAAACUCAAGACAAGCCUCCAGUCGACCCUGGACUCGGCGAAGGAGAAGCUCGGCGGUGACCAGGCUAUCGACAACGCCAAGGACCAGGCCAACGACUACUACAACAAGGGCAAAGACCAGGCCUCGUCGGCAGCUGAUAAGGCGAAGGAGCAGGCGGAAAAGGCUUUGGGGAGUGGGAACGGCGAUAAUAAAUAG